AUCAUAUUUUUCACUAGCACACAAUUGAUAGAAAUACAACAUUACCAACGCUAGAAAAAAAAAAUGGAGAAACUCUCAAUCAAGUUGGUUUUGGUCGCUUUCUUAAUAUUUUCACUAGGUCUCCAAGCAAUAACAGAAGCAAGAGAUUUGCGUAUUCCAUGCCAAACAGAUGCUGAUUGUGGUAAUCCAAAAUGUAUUUGCAACCUUGAUGGUUUGUGUGUUUGUAACAAGUCUCAAUUAUUUGAAGACACCAUGACCAAGACUCCAAAAGUGCAGAAGGAGGUGCCAUAAUAGGUGAAAAAUUUAGAUGCAUAUUGGUGGGUAAACCAUGUCUGUGGAAUAAAAAUGUGGGUGGUAA